UUAUGUAGUUGGAAGAUAUGAGAAAUGAGUGUUGGACGCAGAAGAUUAAAGCUGCUGGGAAUUCUGAUGAUGGUAAACAUUUUUAUUUAUGUGAUUGUGGAAGUCUCAAAAAGUGGCAACCAAGAGAAGAAUGCAAAAGGCCAUGUUAUUAUACCACGCAGCAAAUUCUGGAGAAAAUAUACUCCUCACAAAGCUUAUUGGAACAAACAGCAACAGAAGCUUGAACUGCUGUACAACCCUAUUCUGACCUUGCUUUCCAAUAUGACUGUGGAAGAGAACUUAGUUUCGAACUCGAGUGUUCUCAGUUCCUGUGACCCUGACCCGUGGGUACCUUCAGAGGUUAGUGACUUUGCAAACUUGCCAGACAGAUUCAAAGACUUUCUACUUUAUUUGAGAUGUAGAAAUUAUUCAUUAUUAAUGGAUCAGCCAAACAAGUGCAAACAUAAACCUUUUCUGCUGCUGGCUAUUAAGUCACUUACACCCCAUUUUGACAGAAGGCAAGCAAUUAGGGAGUCCUGGGGCAAGGAAAUAAAAUCGGGGGAUGUGACAGUCAAAAGGGUCUUCUUACUUGGACAGACCCCACCAGAGGAUAAUUUUCCUGAUCUUUCAGACAUGAUAAAAUUUGAGAGUGAAACCCACCAAGACAUUCUCCUCUGGAACUACAGAGACACUUUCUUUAAUUUAACUCUGAAAGAGGUGCUGUUUCUUAAGUGGGUCAGCAGCAGUUGCGCAGAUGUCCAGUUUAUUUUUAAGGGUGAUGAUGAUGUUUUUGUGAAUACCCAUCAGAUCCUGGAUUACUUGAAGAGCUUAUCGAAGGAUAAAGCCAAAGACUUAUUUAUAGGCGAUGUGAUCAAAGAUGCUGGACCUCACAGAGAAAAAAAAUUGAAGUACUACAUCCCAGAAAGCGUUUAUGAAGGUUCAUAUCCUCCAUACGCAGGAGGCGGUGGGUUUCUGUACUCUGGUGAUCUGGCAUUAAGACUGAAUAAUGCAUCUGACCAGGUACUACUUUACCCUAUUGAUGAUGUUUAUACUGGAAUGUGCCUUCAGAAGCUUGGGCUUGCUCCGGAAAAACACAAAGGCUUCAAAACAUUUGAUAUUGAAGAGAAAUACAGAAAUAACAUAUGUUCCUACACAAACUUAAUGUUAGUACAUAGUAGAAAACCUCAAGAAAUGAUUAGAAUUUGGACACGCUUGCAAGAUCCACACUUAAAUUGUUAAAGUAAUGUGCAUAAGUGUCUUAAGUCCAAAUAACUUUCCAAGUUUGGGUCUGACUUUCUUGGUGGACCAUUGAAGCUCUGUUUAAUAGUUUAAUUUUCUAUGGAAACUUUCUCCUGUACUUCUGAAAAUGAGAAUAAUACUAAAAUUUGAGGGGAUGGCUUGAAGACUUGGUCCUGACUUUUCCACUGUCCUGGUGGUCAUUAUGUUUCAAUUUUUGUCUUAAAUUAAUUUUAAAAAGGACUUCAAGGAUGUAACUAGCUGUCAGUGACUGGUUAGCUGUAUUGGAAACAGGGAUUGCCUACUACAAUGCAUCUUUCAUUAAUUGUGAUGGUGGAAGAUAAUUUUUCCUUGAGUAGUGUUUGUGUGUGGGUGUGUGGAAACCACUGUAAAUUGAAAAGUCACAAAUUGGAGGAAUGUAGUUUUACUUUAAAUAUGAAACACUCUUAUGGAGACUUUAACUAUUGAAUUUUUUUAAUUUAUAGUUUUCAGUCUUUUUGCACCCUGGAACAGUAUUUUCUCCUUUACUUAUGAUCUUUUGUGCAAAGCGUGCCUGUGUGUGAAGGAUUUACCGUUAUAUUAGAUGAUGCUUUUUUUAUAAAAAAAGCAUACUGUUUGAAACACCCCAUUGAAGAGCUGAAUAUAUAAGGAAAAGGAAGAACAGAUUUUGUUUGGGGCUGGGCAGUAGGUACAGUUAGGUCUGCCCCCUGCGCCAAGCUUAUGCGAGGUAAAGCUGACUUGUUGCUCAUGUUAUUUAGGUGAAAAGCUACUCUGGUCAGUCCUUGUUUUCUGUUUUGGCACUAAGUGUGAUCAGGUAGCUUGAUUUGAUGCAAAUAAUGGAAAUUGCACAUUGCUUUACGAGAGCAUGGUUUGGAUCUCCUAUAAAGCGGUAGCAAAUCUAGAACUGUGCAGAUCCUAAGAGUUUUGAAUUUUGAAACAAACUUUGAAGUUGCAUGAUGUCUCAUGUAGAGUUAAACCUGUUCUCAAAACUCAGAUUUUUCUUCUGUAUUUCCACAUCUUGCUUAUAAGAGUUAUUCUAAAUAGUGGUUGCUUCCUUUGUAUAUGUAGAAGUGCCUGUCUAUUUAUUGUUCAGAUUGAAGACCAAAACAUUUUCUUAAAUAUAUUUUGUGUAACAUUUUAUUUGUAUAGUGUUGUCACUCAGAUAUUUAAAUAGAGCAUGAUAUUUUAAAUCUGUGAGAUGUGUAACAUGUUAAAUAAAGCUGUUAUUUUUGAAUUUGAAAAAUAAAAUGUGGUUUAAAUA